AUGGGUACAAGGAUUUGAGCUCACUAAUUUACAUCCACCACAAUAUGACAAUCUGUACGAAACAAAAAUGGCGGAUAGGGAUGACGAAAAUGUAUUGGGUAGAAGAGUGAUAUGUGACGGUGAAUACGGUACCGUACGAUAUUUUGGAGAAGUUCCUCCUACUAAUGGGUUAUGGUAUGGAAUUGAAUGGGAUGCUGAUGGAAGAGGCAAAAAUAAUGGUGAACACAACGGGUGCAAAUACUUCACUUGCUCCCGUCCAAAGAGUGGAAGUUUCAUUCGCGAAAAAAAACUGGACUUUGGUGUAGACGUCGUUACAGCCUUGGUGGAUAAAUUCACUAAACUACAUAGCAAAGAGAAUUUUUCUGAGUUUGAACGCAUACAUCAUGAUGAGCAUUAUUAUGAUGAGAGUGCAAUCGAUGAAAUACUUCAGCAUGUCGAUCGUGUAACUUUAAGUGGUGACAGAGUCUCUUAUAUGUCUUCCCAUGGUAAAUCUCUUGGAUCAAUUGCACCAAAUAUUGUCGAAUUAGAUCUAUCAAAAACUUUACUUAGUGAUUGGUUAGAUGUUAUUAAGAUUGUCAAUGAGUUACCACGUCUUUAUCAUUUGAAUGUCAGCGGUCUUCGACUCAAUAGGAGCAGCUUUGAUGGGACAGUGACUUCAUCAGAGACAUGCCAUUUAAGAACUCUGGUCCUUAAUUACAUGCAGUUAAAUUGGAAUCAGGCUCUUGCAUUAUCAUGUACAUUUAGAGGGUUACAAGAGUUACACGCAAGUUUCAACAAUAUCAGCAACAUCAAUGACUGUGAUGCUGGAACCCUUUGCACUUCUUUAAUCAAGUUAAACUUAGAGGGAAAUAAUUUGCAUAGCUGGAAUGAUGUUUUUAGCCUUGAUGCUUUUCUAUCACUUGAAUUCCUCAUAGUCAAUGGUAAUCCUUUGGGUGACUUUGUUUUUCCUGGGGAUCCCUUGAAGUCCAUUGACAUUUUUGUUAAAUUGCAAACAUUUGGUUUAGUAAGUGUUGGGAUCUCAAAGUGGAGAAGUGUGAAUCAACUCAAUAGACUUAAAGUUUUGCAAAAGCUAUUUCUUAAAAGCAACCCAUUGUUUGAUCAUUUGAAUCAGUAUGAUGCAAGACAAGAAAUAAUCUCUCGGAUUGCCAACUGUCAAGUAUUAAAUAGCAGUGAUGUCACAAAAAAAGAGAGAAAGUGUGCUGAAAGAGUUUAUAUCAAGAAGUACUUUGCUGAAUGGCAUGCAUUUGAUAGACAGAACAACUCUUCACAAUCUAGCUUUCACGACGAGCACCCCAGAUAUUUGGUUUUACUGGAAGUUCAUGGACCACCUGAUGAUGUUGAAGGCAGUUCCACUAAACCUAAAACGCUAAAGAGCAGUUUGAUUUCUGUCACUUUCAAAUGUAUUGAUGAUGUAGACAGGCCAUUGGUGAAGAGGAAGCUUCCAGCAACAAUGACUAUUGCAAAACUUAAAGGACUUUUGCUGCAUAUUUUUAAAAUCUCAACUUCUUCUAUAGCUUUGUCUGUAGUUUUUGAGGAUGGACAUGAACUAGAACUUGAUGACAAUCUAAAAACUCUCUCAUUUUAUUCAAUUGCAUCAGGACAUGUGAUCAUUGUAAAACGUAAAAUGUCGUGAGCCUAUUUUUUUGUAUUUUGACAGAUUGAUGUAACUCUCCACAGCCAGAUUCCAAAUACAACUCAAAUUUAUUUUUGUUUCAUCCCCCCUA